CUUCCCAUAACCGGCCCUGAUCCUGUUUUUCAAAGGGGCAAGGAUACUCCUAUCUACGACUGAUAACACUCCAGAUCCGGUUCAACGUCGCCGUAAUUUGCGCCGCCCAAAUUUACAUCAUACGAAAUGCAACCUUUCCGCUGUGGCGCUAGGUCUCGCCUCAUGUAAAUCCGAUUCGUGCUUCCCUUUGUUGUGUUCGGCGCUGUGAAAACGCAGACUUCUGCCUUGUCUCGCGGUUGAGAUCUACUAGUCUCGUUUUUUAUUUCUCGAGGUUUUUUAGGGAAUGGAUUUUGAAGGGAAACUGCCACGUCUCCUUGUCCUUUACGCUUCCCAGACUGGGAAUGCCAUGGAUGUGGCAGAUCGCGUGGGAAGGGAGGCGGAACGAGGUGGCUGCCCUUCCGUUGAUGUAUUGUCCAUGGAUGCAUUCGAUGCGAGCUCUUUACCUAAAGAACGAAUGGUCAUAUUUGUUGUGUCAACCACCGGACAGGGCGAGAACCCAGAUUCAAUGAAGGUUUUUUGGAAGUUUCUUCUGCAGAAGAAUUUGGGUCAUCACUGGUUGGAUGGUGUUAAUUUUGCAGUUUUUGGACUUGGAGACUCUGGUUACCAAAAGUACAAUUUUGCUGCAAAAAAGUUGGAUAAAAGGAUUAUAGAUCUAGGGGCAAAACCUGUCAUAGAGAGAGGUUUGGGAGAUGAUCAACACUCAUCUGGGUAUGAAGGCUCCCUUGAUCCUUGGUUGGUGUCAUUGUGGAACAAGCUGAACCACAUGAAUUCUGCAGUUUUACCAAGAACUUCAGAUAUAUUUGAUACCAAUAAGAGAGCUUUAGGUCAUUCGAAAUAUCGAAUUACUUAUCAUAAUAGUUCUAAUGAGUUGCAGUUGGAUCUUUCAUCAUUUACAGACUUUCAUGGUUUUGAGAAGAUGGUUGAGAUGGCUCGUUCAAUGUCUCCAGUAGCACAACAUCACAGCAGCGAUGGCAUCCAACAUUGCUCCUCCCUAAGAAUGUUGACAAAUAAGCGGUUGAGUAAAGGUGAUCCAAGUAGGGAUGUGCGUCAUUUUGAAUUUGAAUUUCUAUCCUCUGGAUAUGAGUAUCAAGUUGGUGAUGUACUUGAAAUUCUCCCAAGUCAGAAUCCCAUAGCUAUUGAUGCAUUUAUAGAACGUUGUAACCUUGAUCCAGAUUGUUACAUCACCGUUCAACCCCUAACAAAUUAUAAAUGUUCUUUUGAGUCUCAAGUUAAUGUCUCCACAAACCUGAACCCAAUCAAAUUGAAAACUUUUGUGACUUUGACAAUGGAUAUUGCCUCUGCUUCUCCUCGACGUUAUUUAUUUGAGGUUAUGAGUUAUUAUGCAAAAGCUGAGCAUGAAAAGGAAAGGCUGCAAUAUUUUGCUUCUUCAGAAGGGAGGGAUGAUCUCUAUCAAUACAAUCAAAAGGAGGGAAGAACUGUCUUAGAGGUAUUAGAGGACUUCCCCUCUGUCCAAAUGCCAUUUGAAUGGUUAGUGCAAUUGGUUCCUCCUUUAAGAACACGAAAAUUUUCAAUUUCUUCUUCUCCUUUGGCUCAUCCAAAUCAAGUACAUUUAACAGUGAGUGUAGUAUCCUGGACAACUCCAUACAAGAGAAAAAGGCAUGGUCUCUGCUCAUCAUGGCUUGCUGGAUUAGAUCCUCAUAAUAAUAGAGAAAUUUAUUUACCUGCUUGGAUCCAUAAAGGCUCUCUCCCUCCCCCUCCACCAUCACUUCCUGUCAUUCUCAUAGGGCCAGGAACAGGGUGUGCUCCUUUUCGUGCAUUUAUUGAGGAACGAGUGAUACAAUGUGAGAGCGGCCCAACAGCUCCUAUUCUUUUUUUCUUUGGUUGUAGGAACCAAGAAAAUGAUUUCCUUUACAAGGAGUUUUGGUUAUCUCAUGCACAAAAACAAGGUGUGCUAUCAGUAGAAAAAGGUGGGGGUUUCUUUGUCGCUUUUUCAAGAGAUCAACCAAGAAAGAUCUAUGUGCAGCAUAAGAUGAAGGAAGUGAGUGAAAGGAUUUGGAGCUUGCUGAGUUCUGGAGCUGCAAUUUACUUAGCAGGAUCAUCAACUAAAAUGCCAGCUGAUGUAACAUCUACCCUGGAAGAAAUUGUAGCAGAAGAGAGUGGUGCUUCAAUGGAGUCAGCAUCUAGGUGGCUCAAGAUGCAGGAGAGGGCUGGUAGAUUCCAUAUUGAGACAUGGUCAUGAUUGCUUAAACUAUAUGUCCGGAGGAAUUGUUUUCUCAUUUCUGAUACCAGAAAGAGGACGCAAACAUAGAACUGUCCACUACAACAUACGUAUACCAUUCCAGUUUUGUUGAUGAGGAGGGUGUAACCAAAGCCUGUGGCUGUCCUCUUCUCCCACUAAAAACUCACAUCAAGGGUCCUGCUCCAGUCUCUGAUCAAGGUUUCC